AUGAAAAAUAAAACCAGGUUGACUGAAUGUAUCCUGCUGGGUCUAACAGAUGUCCCUGAACUCCAGGUGGUGGUUUUCACCUUUAUGUUCCUUGCUUAUUUACUCAGCAUCAUCAGAAAUCUAACUAUCCUCAUCCUCACCUUGCUGGACUCCCACCUUCAGACUCCCAUGUAUUUCUUUCUCUGGAACUUCUCUUUAUUAGAAAUGUCCUUCACAAACAUUUUCAUUCCCAGGGUCCUGAUCAGCAUCACAACAGGGAAUAAGAGUAUCAGUUUAGCUGGCUGCUUCACUCAGUAUUUCUUUGCAAUAUUCCUUGGGGCAACAGAGUUUUAUCUUCUGGCUGCCAUGUCCUAUGACCGCUAUGUGACCAUACGCAAACCCCUGCAUUACAUGGCCGUUAUGAGCAGCAGAGUCUGUACCCAAAUGGUUCUCUACUCUUGGCUGGCUGGGUUAUUGGUUAUUAUACCACUAAUCCCUCUGAUGAGUCAACAGGACUUUUGUGCAUCCAACAGGCUGAAUCAUUAUUUCUGUGACUAUGAGCCCCUUUGGAAACUCUCCUGUUCAGACUCAAGCCUCAUCAAGAAGGUUGUCUUUUGGGGCGCCUGGAAGAACACAUUUAACAAGGGAGUAGCUCUACUCAUUACUACAGUCACACCUUUAUUGAACCCCUUCAUUUAUACCCUAAGGAACCAACAGGUAAAGCAAGCCUUCAAGGAUAUAGUCAAAAAGCUUGUGAAUCUUUAA